AUGCAGAACACGCUGAAAGUAAUCGGUAUCCUAACAAUAUUCUUCACCUGGAGAUUGAGCGAUUCUUCUAACUACAAACUUACAAAUGUAAACUGCGCAAGCAUGAACAAAUCCUGGGUUACGAUUAACGAGUGCCGCUUAAAGGCUCUCAGUCGAAAUAAAACCGUCUUUAACUUCAAUGCAACCUUCCACCACCCAACUAAUGAUAUCAUAAUGGACUAUCGAUAUCUAAAAAGGGCGAGCGGCUAUAAGCCCUGGUUGUACAGGAGAAAGAUCGAUGGUUGCCAGUUUUUAAGAAAGCCCUAUGAUGUCUUGACCAUAAUGAUAACAUUGGCUUAUAGGCCCUUUUCCAACAUCAACCACACAUGCCCAUUAUCCGGCCAUAUUUUGAUAAGGGGAAUGUAUCUCACGACGGAAAUCAAAACCCUUCCCUUUCCCACCGGCAAUUACAUGCUGCAAAUAAAUUGGUUGUUCUAUCGGAAACUUCAGUUCGUAACCAACGUUAGUUAUGAUUUCGUGGAAAAUUUAUUGUGA